UGUGGUGGUGGCGGCGGCGGCGGCGGCGGUGGCUCCUUCCGCCGCGAAGAUCACGCCGGCCGUGGUUGACCGGAGCUUGUUUCUUGAGACGCCGCUCUUGGAUUUGAACAGUUGCGGCGGUGCUCCGGCCGCAUCCAUGGCGUCUGCCAAGAACAGCUCCAAGCUUGGAGCUGCACCCAUGGUGAACAGCUCUUCUUCUGCAAAUCACAUCCAAUUCCAGCCACCGAUGAAGAGCAGCAGCAGCAGCAGCAGCAGAAGAGCUUCCAGUUUGAGCAGAAGCCGAGCGAGAAGUUCCACAUCGAGAUGCCGAGGAGCGUCGGCGGCGGCGGCGGCGGCGGCAAGGAGGUGAUCAGCUUCAGCUUCGACAACUCGGUCUGCACCUCGUCGGCGGCGACCUCCUUCUUCACCUCCAUCAGCAGCCAGCUGAUCAGCAUGUCCGACGCCGGCACCAACUCCGCCGCCGCGGCGCCGACCAAGAAGCCGUCGUGCGCCAGAAAAGCCGCAGCCGCCGCCGACGACGACGGCGGCAAAUGCCAUUGCCCAAAGAAGAAGAAACCGAGGGAGAAGAAGGUGGUGACCGUGCCGGCGAUCAGUGACAAGGUUGCCGAUAUACCUUCAGAUAAUUACUCUUGGAGGAAGUAUGGUCAGAAACCGAUCAAAGGCUCUCCUCAUCCAAGGGGAUACUACAGGUGCAGCAGCAAGAAGGAUUGCCCGGCGAGGAAGCACGUGGAGAAGUGCCGCAGCGACCCGACGAUGCUGGUCGUCACGUACGAAAACGAGCACAACCACGCGCAGCCGCUCGACCUCUCGCUCGUGCAGACCAAUCCCCAACCCUGAAAAGCUUCUUGAUCAUCGCUCGUGUAUCCAUCACUGCAGAUGCAAAUGCAGAUGCAAAUAGGGUUCGGAAUUCUGAAGCUGAAUAUGAACAGCUUCCUGGACAUUAUCAAAUCUGUGACUAGCUUUCUGUGUUUGAAUUUUGGUUCAGUAAUUCAUGAUGCAGUUGCAGGAUCAAUUAAUUCUUUGAUUUUGCAACACAACACAAUUCGUCAAUUACUAGUCUGUUUCU